AUGUACUAUACGACAGGAACCCUGAUAUGCAGGGCAAGAACUUCUCGAGCUUCUGUGCCAUCUUUCUCACCGGACUGCUUGGCAUAUGCACGCUCGACAAUUGACGCCCAUCUUGAGUGCGUCCCCUUGAUGAGCGGCGACUUACAUAUUGUGAAUCUCUACCUCCAUUGGAGACUACUCCAAACCCCUUUUAUUCCACUCCUGGUGGUAUUUUGCCACAUAGUCGAGACUCAAGAUUCGAGCGACGCGCAACGACUCAAAUGCUUUGCAGACAGCCUUGAGCAGGGGGCCGAUCUAUCACCUUCUGCAAAGGACUUUUAUGACAUUACUCGACAGCUCUAUAUGAUUGCAGAAAAGCACAUCCAGACAAGCAGCGAGCAAGAUUGGGCGUCUGUCCCGUCUCUGUCAACCCUGGGGCUCACCCAAUUUUAUCCGGCUAAUGCUAUGGCGGGCAAUUAUCAUUUGGCGGCUGAACACGGGCAGUCUAAUCAGGACAUGGAGAUGAUGUUUGGUGGGGAGCAGGUCAUGGGCUUCUUCUAG